AUGGAAGAAGGAAAUCAAACCACAGUGGCGAAGUUUAUCCUUCUAGGAUUCACAACAGACCCCAAACUGCAACUGAUCCUCUUUGUGAUAUUUCUAGUAAUAUAUAUGGUUAGCCUGGCAGGAAACGUCACACUAAUUGCUCUAAUCUGUAGCAGCUCACGUCUUCAUACACCCAUGUAUUUCUUCAUUGGGAACCUAUCUUUCCUGGACCUCUGGUAUUCCUCUGUCUAUACUCCUAAGAUCCUGGUGAACUGUAUCUCUGAAGACAAAAGCAUUUCCUUUGGGGGCUGUGCUGCCCAGUUCUUCUUCUCUGCUGGUCUGGCAUAUAGUGAAUGCUACCUUCUGGCAGCCAUGGCUUAUGAUCGUUAUGUGGCCAUUGCUACUCCACUACUAUAUGCCACUGCCAUGUCCAGAAAGUUAUGCACAGGACUAGUGGCCCUCUCAUAUCUAAGUGGUUUUAUCAAUGCCACAGUCAUCACCAGUGAAACCUUCACACUAAACUUCUGUGAUGCCAACAUAAUUGAUGACUUCUUCUGUGAUCUUCCUCCACUGGUGAAGCUUUCCUGUGCUGUACCUGAAAGCUACCAGUCUGUGCUGUACUUUAUUCUGGCCUCUAAUGUCAUUACACCCUCAGCACUUAUCCUGGCCUCUUACAUCUUUAUUCUGGCAGCCAUUUUGAGGAUCCGCUCCACUGAAGGGAGGUUGAAAGCCUUCUCUACGUGUGCCUCCCAUCUGACAGCUGUCACUUUGUAUUAUGGCUCAAUUCUCUUCAUCUACUCACGUCCCAGCUCCAGUUAUGCCUUGGAGAGGGAUAAAGUAGUAUCUGUUUUCUACACAGUGGUGAUCCCUAUGCUGAAUCCCCUGAUCUACAGCCUGAGGAACAAAGAAGUGAAGAAUGCUCUGAGGAAACUAACAAUGAAAUGGAUGGCAAAAAUGGCUAUGGGAAAUAGGACUAUUGUCACUGAGUUCAUCCUCCUGGGCAUCUCAGAUGACCCAGAAAUGCGACCAAUAUUCUUUGUGGUGUUCUUUAUAAUCUAUCUGGUUAAUGUUGUGGGUAACCUAGGCAUGAUCCUCCUGAUCUCAUUUGAUUCCCACCUUCACAACCCUAUGUACUUAUUUCUGUGGCACCUGUCCUUCUGUGACAUCUGCUACUCAACUGCUAUUGCCCCCAGAAUGCUGUCUGACUUAUUAUCUGAAAACAGAAUCAUCUCAUUCACUGGCUGCACUUCCCAGUUCUAUUUCUUUGCAGCUUUUGUAGAUGCUGAGUGUUACAUUCUGGCAGUGAUGGCCUAUGACCGUUAUGUGGCUAUCUGUAAUCCACUGCUCUACUCCACUGCCAUGUCCAAAGCUCUCUGCAUCCGGUUCUUAAUUGGAUCAUACAUUGCUGGAACAACUAAUGCCAUAAUACACACAACAGCCACUUUCUGCCUUAGCUUCUGCAAUUCCAACCUCAUUAACCAUUUCUUCUGUGAUGUUCCCCCACUUCUGGAAAUCUCCUGCUCUGACACCCACAUCAAUGAAAUUCUGCUCUUUGUUUUUGCUGGCUUUGUUGAGAUGAGCUCCCUCUCUGUCAUUCUUCUCUCUUACAUCUUUAUCUUAGCUGCCAUUCUGAGAAUGAAUUCUGCUGCCAGGAGGUUCAAAGCGUUUUCCACCUGUGGGUCUCACUUCACUGGAGUCAUUUUGUUUUAUGGGACUGUGAUUUUCAUGUAUCUACGGCCCACUUCUGAAUAUGCCCUGGACCAAGACAAAUGGGCAUCUUUGUUCUACACUGUGGUGAUUCCCAUGCUCAACCCUCUGAUCUAUAGCCUCAGGAACAAAGAUGUCAAAGAAGCUUUCAAAAAACUCAUCAAUAAGAAGCUGAAUUCUGUCUUCACCUGA